GGAUGAAUGGGACACAGCAUUUACUAUUGCCAUGCAAGUAAUUUCACUUUAGAGGUCCGAUAUUUUGAGUGGCAUGAUUUUUCAAACUCCAAAAGCUGGGUGACUGCACUGUGGCUAUCUCAUUACAUGCACAAUUUAGUAUAAUCGUCUUAUCAGUUCCAGUGUGAUAAAAGUUGAAGUAAAAUCUGUUUGUUUCAUACUCAUAUUCGCAGUUCCAGUCUGAUCAAAGUGGAAGUAAAAUCUAUUUGUCCGAGUUCAGAUAUUAAAGAACGCCCAACAUGUCAAAGAGUGAUUAUUUGAUCAAAGACCUAGAAAAUGUCAUCACCGGCAUCGAUGGUGAAAUAAAAAAGAUCGACAUAUCCAGAUUAACCGCUCCCGGGGAGAAUUAUAUGAGUUUGGUGUUUCGUGUGGAUGUCCAAGUGGAAAAGGAUGGAAAAGUGGAAACCGUUCACGCAGUGGCCAAACGGCUACCAACUGUUAUAAAAAUGGAUUUUAAUGCGGUCGCAAUGAGACAUGAAAUCAAAUGGUACUCUGAAAUAGCGCCCUUGAUCAAGGAAUUCGGACAGGAAUAUGGAAUAGAUACAGACUUCUAUCCAGAAUGUUUGGGAUCGAGACUAAGUAUGGACACAACCAAAACAAACGCUGAUGAAGAAUCAGUUUUGUUGCUUAAAAACAUCAAUCCGGACGGCUUUAAAAACUUCGAUCGUAUCAUCGGCUUUGACUAUCGCACUGCCAAGGCAUUUCUGCGAACGCUUGCCACUUUUCACUCGAUUCCCCUGGCAAUGAAAUUCAAAAAGCCCGAACACUUCAAAAUCAUCAAAAAAUACCUGGAAAGUGUCCUGAAUGAUGCUGCUCUACUGGAUCCCCCUAAGAAUACACCUCCUAAUGGAUCUGAUACUAAAGCUGGUGGAGCCCCAGACAUCCAUAUGUCUCCUCGUAUCACCUAUGAAAAAAUGCUGGAAAUGCCUGCAUGUCAGCCCUACAGGGCAAAUAUAGAAGCGAUGAAGGAGGCUAACAAAGACAUGAGAGAUGCACUGUUUACGCCAGCUGACGAACCCUGGGCCACUAUGGUACAUAACGAUUCAUGGGUAAAUAAUAUUAUGGUGAAGCUCAGAGGAGAAGAGGAACCUCUGGUGAAAAUGGUGGAUUUCCAAAUCUGCACUUACUCCUCAUUUGCUAAAGAUUUGGUGUUAUUCCUUCUAACUAGUGUGCAAGAUGAUGUCCAAAGGGAGCACUUGGAUGAUCUUCUUCGAUACUACUACGACCAGCUCACUUCCAAACUUGAAAAAUUCAACAUUCCCGAGUUGAAGUUGAGCUAUAGUGAUUAUUUGAAGGAGUUGGAAAAAGUCGCUCAUGCUGGUGAAAUGGCCCAUGUGAUUUUCUUUGUUAAUCCAGUGUUUGCCGAGAAAGGAAAAGUUUCAGAUUUUCUGGUUGGCGAAGGUGACAUGGCCGAGGCCUUACACUUAAUGAUAAACAACCUGGGAGAACGACAAAAGCAAAAAAUUGCGAUCAUAAUGGAGUUGGCUGUGAAACGAAAUUGGGCCUAGAUAUCGAUUCGUUUUCUGAUUCUUUACUCUUGAGCUGAGUGAACAACUGAUAUUACGAGAUUACAUUUUGUCAACUGAAA